GGAGGAAGGCGGGGGCGGAGUGAAAGGAAGAUGCCGGGGAAGCUGAAGGUCAAGAUUGUGGCGGGGCGGCACCUGCCCGUCAUGGACCGAGCCAGUGACCUGACGGACGCCUUCGUGGAGGUAAAGUUUGGAAACACCACAUUUAAGACAGAUGUGUAUCCCAAAUCUCUCAAUCCUCAGUGGAAUUCUGAAUGGUUUAAAUUUGAGGUGGAUGAUGAAGAUCUACAAGAUGAGCCUCUUCAGAUAACUGUCCUUGAUCAUGAUACUUAUAGUGCUAAUGAUGCCAUAGGAAAAGUUUACAUUGAUAUUGAUCCUCUCCUCUACAGUGAAGCAGCUACAGUUAUCUCUGGCUGGUUUCCAAUUUAUGAUACAAUUCAUGGUAUACGUGGAGAAAUCAAUGUGGUGGUGAAAGUAGAUCUCUUCAAUGACUUAAACCGUUUUCGACAAUCAUCGUGUGGAGUAAAAUUUUUCUGCACUACAUCUAUUCCAAAGUGUUAUAAAGCUGUCAUUAUUCAUGGGUUUGUGGAAGAGCUGGUGGUUAAUGAAGAUCCAGAAUAUCAAUGGAUAGACCGAAUCCGUACACCGAGGGCGUCAAACGAGGCCAGGCAACGGCUUAUUUCAUUAAUGUCAGGGGAACUGCAAAGGAAGAUUGGUUUGAAGGUACUUGAAAUGAGAGGGAAUGCAGUUGUUGGCUACUUGCAGUGUUUUGAUCUGGAGGGAGAAUCUGGACUAGUGGUACGAGCCAUAGGAACAGCCUGUACCUUGGAUAAAUUAAGUAACACACCAGCAUUCUUACCCGCAUGUAAUUCCCCAUCCAAAGAAAUGAAGGAGAUUCCUUUCAAUGAAGAUCCCAAUCCCAAUCCUCAUUCAUCAGGACCCUCCACCCCUCUGAAAAACCAAAUCUAUUCCUUUUCACCUUCCAAGUCCUACAGUCGACAAUCCUCUUCUUCUGACACAGAUUUGAGUUUGACACCCAAAACUGCACUUUCCCCACAGGGACCUAGGAUUUUCCUGUUCCCCAGUUCCCCAACACUAUCUUGUGGUUCCCCACAACUUAACCAGCCCUGUCUCCUUCUCUCUGGGUCUAGCCCUAACCCUCUUCACUCUAGCCAUGUCAACCCAGUUCUGAGGAAAAGUGUUUCUUUCACUGAAGAGCUGCUUCUGGCUGCUUCUGGAAUGGGCAGUGGGAGUGCUGGAAAAGAAGGGGGGCCAUUAAAAGCUCUGUUAAGACAACAAACUCAGUCGGCUCUGGAGCAAAGGGGAGGAUCGCCUCAUAGGUUCUGUAGAAGGCGGGAAUUUCCUUUUUUUACUUUGACGGCCUUUCCUCCAGGCUUCCUUCUCCAUGUAGGCGGGGUUGUCAGCGCCCGCUCAGUGAAGCUCUUGGAUCGUAUCCACAAUCCUGCCUUUGUCGGAAUUAUGGGUAACACAAGAUCAUACAAACUGCUAGACUGGAAUAGUUUCAAUUCAGAUGACCCAGAGACACGAGAUGCAUGGUGGGCAGAAAUCCGACAAGAAAUAAAAUCCCAUGCAAAGGCAUUGGGUUGUCAUGCAGUAGUGGGCUACAGUGAAUCAACUAGUAUUUGUGAAGAGGUCUGUAUUUUGUCAGCGUCCGGCACGGCAGCUGUACUGAACCCUAGGUUUCUCCAGGAUGGCACCAUGGAAGUCUGUUUGGAACAAAGGUUGUCAUGGCAGCCUGGCUACUUUUCCAUAGGGUCAGAGAAGGGAGAGGUUGAUUUUUUUCCUCAAAACCAGGAUAGUUCUUCUCUAUUAGGGUUAGAGGAAACAUCGCCUCCAGGUUGUGGCUUUUGCCACAUACCAUAUGAUGAGCUGAACAUGCCAUUCCCUGCUCACCUCACUUACUGUUACAACUGCAGGAAACAGAAAGUCCCUGAUGUUCUUUUCACGACAAUAGAUUUGCCCAUGGAUGCAAUGGUAGUUGGGAAAGGAUGUCUCAUUCAAGCCAGGCUAUGUCGGCUUAAGAAGAAAGCUCAAGCCGAAGCAAACGCAACCUCCAUCAGUAAUCUGCUGCCAUUUAUGGAGUAUGAAGUACACACUCAGCUAAUGAAUAAACUAAAGCUGAAGGGAAUGAAUGCCCUUUUUGGGCUGAGGAUUCAGAUCACAGUGGGAGAAACAAUGUUAAUGGGUUUGGCAUCUGCCACAGGUGUAUAUCUGACCGCUUUACCAACUCCUGGUGGUAUUCAAAUUGCUGGAAAGACACCAAAUGAUUCCACUUCCGAACAACAUAUAUCUCAUAUGCAGAAGAAAAUAAAUGACACAAUAACCAAAAAUAAGGAGCUUUAUGAGAUUAACCCUCCUGAGGCAUCUGAAGAAAUUAUAGGCUCACCCAUUCCAGAACCAAAGCACCGUACUAGGCUGCUAAGAUCUCAGUCUGAAAGUUCUGAUGAAAUUACAGAAUUGGAUCUCUCACAUGGAAAGAAAGAUGCUUUUGUCUUGGAGAUUGAUGAUACCGAUGCAAUGGAAGAUGUUCACUCUCUAUUGACAGAUGUCCCACCACCUUCAGGUUUUUACAGCUGUAACACAGAAAUUAUGCCUGGUAUAAAUAACUGGACUUCCGAUAUACAGAUGUUCACGUCAGUACGCGUCUCCAGGCUUAACAACACUACCCUAACAAACCAAACACUCAACAAGACCUUUAAUGAUCUCUGUGAGAAUCUGUUAAAGAGCCUGUAUUUUAAACUUCGAUCUAUGAUUCCUUGCUGCCUGUGCCACGUGAACUUUACUGUUGCUCUUCCAGAGGAUGAAAUAAUUCAGGUCACUGUCACAGCAGUUGCAAUAACAUUUGACAAGCACCAAGCUUUACAGACAACUAAAACUCCUGCAGAAAAAACACAACAAAGAGCUUCUGCAGACAAUGAAGAACAACUACAAUUUCCGCUGGAGCUUUAUUCUGAUCCUCAUGCUCCCCAGCAAUUCUCACCAGCUAAAGAGGACCUGGAGAAUGCAAGUUCCCACACAGGUAUACCAGCUGCCCAAAGAGCAACGUCAGUUGAUUACAGUUCCUUUGCAGACAGAUGCAGCAGCUGGAUAGAAUUCAUUAAACUGAAAGCUCAGACCAUAAGGCGUGGAUCAAUUAAGACAACCAUAUCACUUGACAAGCCAAGUCCACUGACGGAAGGUCAAUCCCGUAACCGGUUUGGUCCAUCAGGUGCUAAUUCCACUGUGCCAGUUGUGAAGAUGACGCCUCUUUCUUUUAUCCCUGGGGCGAAAAUAACGAAGUACCUUGGAAUAAUCAACAUGUUUUUUAUACGAGAGACCACUUCUUUGCGUGAGGAGGGUGGUGUGAGUGGCUUCCUGCAUGCAUUCAUUGCUGAAGUCUUUGCGAUGGUCCGAGCUCACGUGGCAGCUCUUGGGGGGAAUGCCGUUGUCUCGUACAUCAUGAAACAGUGCGUGUUUAUGGAGAACCCAAACAAAAAUCAGGCGCAGUGCCUAAUAAAUGUAAGUGGAGACGCAGUAAUCUUUAUACGUGAGUCUGAAUUGGAAGGGGCACCAGGACAGCAACCCACUGCCGGCUCUCAACCCACAUGUACAAGAGAUAUUGCAACAUGAAGAAAUGAAAGUGUUGGGUGGCAAGGCUUUGAUUCAUUUUUUUUCUUUUAAAUCAACACUCCGUAUAUUAAGGACAGCUACAUUUUGAGGCCGUCAGUAAAUAUUGGCCAUCAAAUUUUAUAGGAGCCAGAGAACCAUCUAAUGAGUCCCUGUGCUCAUGAAAGAACAUCUGUCCAAAGAAAGAACUGGAAAAAAACAGACUUUCCUCAGAAUGGAUGUCUUCAGGAUAUUGCCAUGUCUUUUAUGAGGCUAGGACAACAUCUAACUUGGAAACGCUAUCACAAGCAAAUGUUGCUAAUUCUCAGGGGGGAGGGGAUUUAUAAUGCAACUGGAAUACAACGGAGGUGUCUAAAUCGCUACCAUUUUGACAAAGGAAGAGCUGGUUUCAACAGUUUUGCCAAAUAUGCGACGUGCAAAGAAAAAAAAAUUGCUUUUGGAACCGGUGAGAAUAACAGGCGACAUGAACUGGACGAUUUAGAUGUAGAUGCAUGUUAAUGUAUGUUUUUUAUGUUAGCUAUUGAAUAUUUUUCUACUGUACAUUUUUAUUUUAAAUUGCUGGAUAUGAUUAUGGUAAAAUAACUGGUUCAGAUACUUUUGACAUUUAGUGUUUUUUGGAAUGAUGGCGACGCAAGAAAAUCUGCUGUCCAAAGUCACUGAAAUCCCAGCUGCGUAUGAAGAUGAAACCAGGGCUUUGACUUGGGCAGGUUAGAAAGACCAGGAAACAGCAGUAUUAUAGAGCAGCCACCACCCACAAAUGAUGCUCAGCAUGGUACUUAGAUGAGCAUUGCUUUAGUAAAUAGCCAUACGUCAUUUUCAGACCCUUAUGGAAGGAGCUGAUAGAAGAUGAAAGCCUGCGGAUCUGAGAAAUUGCUGAUAAUGGAUGCAGUCCUAGACAGCCUCAUGCGUGGGUGGGUGAGAAGCAUACACGCAACCAAAGAUGUCCUGAAAGGCUCUGCAGCAGGAGUCUCCGUGCAUGGAACCGCCAAGCCACUUUUCCAUUUAAAAAUGGCUUCCCUCUUCAGUCGCUGAGCCGCUGCAGGACAACGUUUCAAAUAUGUCUGGGAGCACAUCUUCCCUCGCUUGCACACACGGCUGUGUAGGUCGGAGCACAGCCAAAAUGUUUUGAUGGCCUCCGAUACGGAACUUGAAGAAAACACGUAAACUUGAAUGUAAAUAGAUGGUGUUUUGCUGGAUCUAGGUACAGAAAUGAUAGAUUAUUUGUCCAUUUCAGAGAUUCCAUUAUUAUAAGUGAGAAUGGUAAAAACACAUUCCUAUUUGCAUAAUAAAGCUUCUUUAUUAAAA